GUGGACAACGGCCGGGACGGCCAUGACUGCCUUGGUGGCCGCGGCGGCCCCGGCUUUCCCGGUGGCGCGUGGGCGGCCUGUCUCGCGCCCACCGCACGUCCCGGGGCCAGGCGGAGACGCUGCUUCCAAGAUUCCAAGGCUGGAAAGCCGAAUACACGUAUUUGCCCUCUGCGUGCCUUUCCCGUCCGGCUUGGAGGCAGAGAUCGCCUAUGGGUCCCUGGCCCCAGAUGCCAAACCCCACGGAGGGGCUGUUGAGAAGCAGCUCACAGUGAGUGGCAGCGUCAUGGCCGUCCGCUGGAGAGCUAAAGAUCCUCGCCUCCUCCGAAUUUCCAUCAUGACCUUUCUUGAUCAGCUUUCCCUGGUGAUGCAGACCAUGCGGCGCUUUGGGCCCCCCGUUUCCCGCUAAGCCUGGGCUGGGGAGAGGGGGCUAAGGCCUAACCUCUUGUCCCUUCCCAAGGCACUGCAUCCUUCUCUGGGGCAGUCAUCCCUGUAGUAGUACCUGCAACGGUGUUAGGGGGGCCUGAUCUUCUGGUGUUAGGGGGGCCUGAGCUUCUGCCGCUGCUGGCCCUAGGGCACUCAGGGUCCAUUUGUUUUGUUUGCUGCUUAAAUGUUUGUUACUGCAGAAAAUAAAACUGAGCUUUGCUAAA